CAGCAUCACAAGAAUAUAUACACAUCUUGUGCCAUGGCCGAUGAGCAACUUGCGCUUCUCUCUUCCAUCACCUGCAAAGACGUGGAAACCUGCCGCAUUGCCUUGGCACGUGUAGGAUGGGACCUGAACCAAGCUGCCCAGCAGCUAAUGUCUGAGCAGAGCUCGAUUGGCCGCUGCACAUGCGGAAAAGAAGGGGAAGGCUACUAUGGCCAAGGUUCCUAUUCUCAGACCUUCUUCUGCCGAGCUUGCUGGAGCCAAUGGUCUUUUGAUGCGGAAAUGGAUCAGGUGGCAGAACAGGAGGGGAUGCUACAACGAGACUUGGGGCUGCUGGAGGCCUCCCAGCUGGAGUUCUUGGGUGCCGAGUACUUUCGCCGCUUGGAGCAGCGCUGGCAGGAGCCCGUGAAGCGCACUGGGGAGUACUUCGCGUGGACCGCUGAGGGCUCUCAGGCCUGGGACGCCUUGGCCACGGCGGCGCGCCAGGGCGUGGCGGAACUCUCCCGCAGCGAGGUUGGCAUGGAGAGUGCUGCCAGGUUCUUGGCCGGUGCGGCGAAGGAGGCUGGGCCACAACUCUGGAAACUCCUCACCAUCUAUGAAAUCCAAGUGGCCUCCCAACUCCCCAGGCGGCAAGCCAGAGAAGCCAAGCCGGUAGGCUGUACAGGCGUGGCGUGCGCCAGUGGACUGCUGGGGCAAACAGAGGAGGUGGACGUCUACAUCUAUGACUAUGGUCGACGAGACAUCGUAGCAAGACUCCAGGCACCGGGCUCUUCGGCGCUGGUCUAUGACCCGGCCUGCACCUUGUGCCCCAUUGGCAUCGGCACCUCCGGCUUGGCGGUCUCGCGGUUCACCCUCUACCCGCGCGGUCUCGCGGGUCGCCCGGCCGCUUCACGGUGCGGGCGCUGGAGCGGCAGUGGGGUGGGUGGACUGCCACUGGCGGCCAUUUUGUGGGAACUCUUAUUGGGUCCGCGCAACCUUCCAGAGGCCAUCGAGUUUCUCAAGGGGCUGGUUUCGCAGAGUGCGCCACCACUUGCUGGAGCAGCCAUGAUGCUGAUGCAGCCUGGUUAUGGAGUUGCCAUGGUCGAAUGGUCAUCAGAGGAGAUUUCCGUGUCGCCCAUUGCCAUGGAAGGAGUUCUGGUGCAUGCCAACCAUUGCAUUUUGGAUUUGCGGGAUGCAGAGAACCCAAAGAUAGCCAGACUUUUGGAGGAUAGUCGGAGAAGACAAGCAGUUGUUGAAGGCAGGGUCGGCUGAAAUGUGUUCAGAUUAUUACGGCAAUUGAUUGUUCCUUCCAAAUGACGGUCGGACAAAAGCCACACGAAGGGGAAUCUCUUGCCCGAGGCUUGUAUGCAGAAGAGCUGCUGGCCGGCAAACCGCCUAUACUAGGCCUGAACCAGCUCCAGUCCUUCUUAUCAGCGACGGGUGUGCAAAACGAUGAUGUUUUGGCCACAGUCAUCAGCUGUCCGGCCAGCAGAGCGUUGUAUGUGAGAUUUCGCUUGCAGGUCACUGGCAUGGAACGGGUGGAGGACACCAUCUCUUGUGAUUUCUGGCAAUGCUUCGAAGGGUAGCCACACGUAUGGAGUAGGGGUGUCGUCACGUAUGGAGUAGGAGAGCACGUCCCAAAAGCGGACUCCACGCGCGUGACGCGAGUGGAUGCUCCAUCCGACCCUACCACGAUGCCCAUGGUUGAGCAAGCCUCGUUGGACCGGUCUCAGAGCGAGACGCUGAGCGCAUUUCGCUCCACACAGGAGCCCGUAGUGUCCUUGCUCCGUUAGCGAUGCCAGCCCCGAUCGUAGCGUCCAACCCACUUCGAUUUGAACCCAACCGUUUUGAAGGGUCAAAACUCAGCUCAGCUGGAAUAGUCACCCCCACGCACCGAACCAGGCGCGACCGCGCCGAAACGGUGGCGUUCGGUGCCCGACCGACGAUGCCGACGGCCGAGCUGUUUCCGAUGUACAUAGGAUGUUUGCCCGAAAGGCGACAGUGAAAC